AUGGAGAACUCGCAUCCCCUCAAAACACUUCUCCAACUGCAGCUUGCCUCUGAUGCCUCUUCUGUCUUACACCUUCCCUAUGUCCUGGACUUUCUCAGCCCGGAGCACUUUGGUCCUUCUCCUCAUACGCAGAAAUGGGCCGCAAGAAUAAACUCCUUGCUACAUUCUAAGGACUCAUCCGCACGGUGGGCGGGGCUUUGUGUUGCCUUUCAGACCUCUGUAUGCUCCAGGGAUAUUAUGAUUGAACACGCCCAGGGCUGGAUUGGCGUUGCAUUGCCCAUACUUUCAAAAGACGAGCCUCCACCUACCUUGAAGGCCUCUGUCCGACUCUUGAGGCGUAUAUUCUCCACCACAGUGAACAUAGCCGAGUUUCAACGUCAACUCUGCCUACCGAACGUGCCCAAAUUCAGUUCCGCUCUGAUUGAACUUGUGCAGAAAAAGCCAGAAGAGGACUUGAAGUUACUGGCCCUAGCAGCCCUUACGCAUCUAAUACCUCUGUAUCCCACUCUCCAUCGGAGUCUGCACUCCUCUCUGUCUUCCCUGGCUUUGAAGUUCUUGAACGGAUCUUCACCCCGACCAACGCCGGAAUCCCUAGCCAAAGGCGCUGCCCGGUUGUAUGCCACGCUGCACGUCACCGGCGGGAAAGUCGGUGCUGGAAACAUCUGGCGUACCUCUUUGGACGAGACGCUGUCGUUCGCAUGGACGGCCCUAUAUAACUUGCGUACGACUUAUGAUACUAGGAAUCAGAAUGGAGCUCCCCCUUACCCGUCGAUGUCCGUAGAGGAUCCUAUUAUUUCGAUUCCUCUGAACAUGGAUCGUCUACGCGCAGCCGCAUACAUACUGUGUGAUCUCCUGCUAUUCCCCACGCCCCGCCCAGUCAUCGUUCCUGUGGGAUCCCUCGUGAAGCUUUGUUCAACUAUGUUGCGUUGUACACCAGAAGAGCAGGCUGAAGGUCAAUUUGAUUCCGCCACUCGUGCAAUGGAAGUCGCAAUCAUCCCAGCAAUAUGGCGUGUUGCCUGCGACAUCCUCAUAGCUCUUUCCGAAAGUGUCCAUUAUCAUUUAUCGCUAUAUUUGCCUCGACUUCUGUCAGUAUUUGCGUAUCACCUGGAGCAAGAGCGCACCCCGUCUCAACGGCUCUGCUUACUGCGAGCCAUACCACCCCUGCUAUCAAACGCAACUCACUUUCACGACACGGUUCUUGCCUCGCGCUUAGCGAAAGUGAUAUUGACUACUGUCACUACCCUCUUGACCCCCUCGUCUCAAGCGUUGGCCGAUAGAGACGCCACAGCCUCAAAGAAUAGGAGCAAAAGAGCUAAGAAAAGAGGGCGAGGUUACGAGGGCGACGAAGUCUUCAAAAUAGCCGCCGAAAUUGUCUGUUCAACUCCAGAGGAAGGCGAGGGUCUGCUAGUCGCACUAGAUGCUUUGCACUUGCUCAUGCAGAAUUCGCUUCUCUCCCCUCCCGUGUACUCGAUCGUCAGCCGUGCACUUCUCGCAAUUCUUAUCGCCCUACCACAAAGAUCGCCUUUGUCCAUCGCACCGGAUUUAUCGUUGCAUGGGAAGCUCUCAGACAAACUGAGGUUUAUCUGCACCAAGAUGGCAACGGGCACUAGCAGCACGAUGAGCAGAAGCCUUAGUCUUGUCAUUGGCGCGAUACCCCCCGAUGGUGCCGGCGCCUGCGGCGCGGAAAGUCGGCGUUGUCUCGAUCUGCUCCUUCAUCCGCGUGUACCGCCCCUUGUGCGGUCGAUACCGCAUGUGGAAACGUUGUCACUGUUCCGCGAGGAAGAGGGCGAUGAUGAAAAGGGCAUCCGGAAAUCGCUGGGUCUAAGUUCAGUCCACGACGGCCCCUUGUUCGCCUCAUCGUCUGCAACGCCACCGGCGGUUGCACGCGAUCGUCCCGACGGCACCGUCGUGCAAUCGGGCUCUUCGCGGGAUGCGGAGUCCGCAUUCAUUCUCAGCGCCGUGAACCUGGAAUCCACAGUCCAGACGCGUGCGGUUUCAUCGAACCUAACCCAAUCAAUCCCGUCUUUUUCGAGUACGCCAACUCCGACGAGCAUCGCAUCUGCGGUCAAGACGACUCCUGAUAGCUCGAUGGGCCAACAUGGGUCAAAUUCCCCGCAGCUGCAGGAAUCAACCCCCAUGCCGUCCACAGAGGCACUGUACGCUAAAACAAACCAGGCAAUUGGAGCCUCGGUUAGUACCAUUCCACCAUCUUUAGACUCAUUUGAUACAGUCACGGUGAUUGGGAAUGGAGAAAUGGAUCGGGACGAAGACGAACCAAUGCCGACCAUUGACAUGGGCUCCGAUUCUGAUUCUAAUUAG